CCCAGCAACUUCCUCCCUGGCUAGAGCAUCUCUUCCCAGCUGUCUCCAAGCAUCAGGCCCUCCCCAUAAAUAGAGGAGGUGAGGGAGGACAGGAAGGCUGCUUCAUCCCAUUUUGGAGGCUCGAGGCCAGCUGGAGCCCUCAUCCUAUAGAAAGUGCUGAGAGAAGAUACCCUCAAAAAAACCAUGCCCCAAAGGAGAAUCAUUCGCUCGUUGGAGAAGCUAUGCCUGUAUAAUGUGGCUGAGAAUAUGAAAAGGCUCUGGGUUAGGGUUUACUCAAUGUAUGCCAAGCGGGCCAGGAAUCGUGACCAUGACACCAUCACAGGACCCUUCAGCAUGCUGGCUGGUCCCCUUCUUGAGCAAUUGUUUGUGAUCCUGCAAGUAAGAAGACUUCUGUCCCCAUCCAUACUUCGCGUUCUCCUUUUGCCACAACUAAGUUCACUGAAUUUUACUGAGUGUGCAUCUUAUGUUGGCAAUAAUCUUGCCCACACCAUCACAGUACGCUGCAAGAAUCUUUCCUCGCUGACUCUUCGUUUCUGUGACCGGAUUCACCCAGAUGCUUUGGUCGAGCUUGUGAAAGCUUUGCCGUGCCUCACCGAUCUAAACCUUGCAUCCACCCAGUGUAACACACAAGUACUUUCCACCAUUCGCUCUUUCUGUCUGAAAAUUGAAGAACUGGAUAUCGAUAAGUGUAGGAAACUAUCCCCAGAUUCCCUCCUUCACUUGGUCUAUGACCCUGUUGCAGGAUCGUACGGUUGCCAGUCAUUGAAGAUGCUCAGAACUGUAGAACUGACGCCCACCACUGACUUGCAGAGCUUGCUUUCGGUUCUGGUCUUUGUGCUUCUAGCAUUGCCCAAGCUGAAAUAUUUGUAUCAUAAUUUGGUUCCACAAGCUGUAUGUCUGAUCUAUGACCAGGAAUUUCAGGGUGCCCGGAUGCCUGCUGGGUUUCCAUCCCUGGAGGAAGUGACACGGUACAGGACAUCUACUCACCCAAAUGAGGGAAGUGGCAGAUUCACACUUGCCCUCAGGAAAGUUAAUUUCAUUCCACUUUCCUUGUUGCCUAAGAUUGGUGCUGUGUGCCCUCACCUCUUGGAAAUCUCUAUGAUUCUUAGAGAUAGCUGGGACUUGGAUCAGCAUGUCUUGCCAUGGCGCGAUCUUACCCAUCUCUGUCUUGAUACAGAUGAAAGGAUGGACUUGAAGGAGCUUUUACCUGUGACAGCUAACAUUGGGACCCAGCUUGAAGGUCUUAGUCUUGAUGGAUUUAUAUUUGAAGAUGAGCUGACCAUCUACACCUUCCUGAGCCACUGCCCAAAUCUCCUGACACUUCAAUUCUCAUUCCCCUCCCCAUGGAGUAAUGGCCUUCAGAGUUGGCCACAGAAUGAAGCCAGAGCAAGGAACUUGUGCUUGCCUCCUCUCCAGUUCCCUGAGCUUGUUAAAUUUUGCCUGAUGUUCCAAAAGUUUGAUACUCCACUGCCUUUCCUGCAUAAAGUGGUUUUGGGAAAUAUCCUGGAAUCAGUGUUCAAAUAUUCCCCAUGCCUGGAGAUCUUGCGUCUUUUUUCCCUGCCAUUCCCUCUGGAUGACACGUUUCAAAAAGCACUAAAACCACCUAGUACUGCCCUGCAAAGUCUUCAGGUGCUCGAACUGUCUUGUGCUCAGAUAUCAAUUCGCACCAUCGAUUUGCUGGUUUUCUCUGAGAAUAGGCUGUGUGACCUCUUCUUGGAGCAAUGUGGCCACAUAAACCGGGCAGAGUACAAAGAGCUCCUACGAAGAGUCAGGAAGGAGAACUUGGAAGUAGAUAUUACACGGGAAUGAAAAAAACUGAAGCCUCUCCACUUGCUCGGAAUCUCAGCUCCAUUGCUCAUAGGGCCAGGACAGUAUCUUUAUUUUUUAAAUAAAGCAUGUUUUAUAUUACUCAAA